AUGGCGAAUCUGUUCAGUGCUGCUGCUACGGCUCCUUUCCUCUCACUGCCGAUGACAAAAACGUCAUCGUUUCACCACUGCUGCUGCGCCUCUUCUUCCACUCCGCCGCCGGAGCAGAACCCGGAGUCUUCUUCUCCUCGUCCGACUGAUCAACCUGUCGUCGCAUCACAACAGAAGAGGAAGAAAACCGUCGAGACGACUGAUUGGGUCGCUUCUUCCUUGACGCGGCGGUUCGGAAUCGGCGCCGGUCUUGCCUGGGCGGGUUUUUUAGCUUUCGGCGUCGUCUCCGAGCAGAUCAAGACACGGAUUGAGGUUUCACAAGAAGAAGCCAACACAAGAGAUGUAAAAGAAGAGAAAGAGAUCGUCUUGCCCAAUGGCAUAAGGUACUAUGAUCUACGCCUUGGAGGAGGAGCAACACCAAGGUCAGGAGAUUUGGUAGUGAUUGAUCUAAAAGGACAAGUGCAAGGAACCGGACAAGUGUUCGUGGACACAUUUGGAAACAAAGACAAGAAGAAGCCAUUGGCUCUUGUGGUGGGUUCAAAACCAUAUAGCAAAGGGUUAUGUGAAGGCACAGAUUAUGUUCUAAGGUCGAUGAAGGCUGGAGGUAAACGAAGAGUGAUCGUUCCACCAUCGUUAGGAUUUGGAGAAGACGGUGCUGAAUUGGAAUCGGGUUUGCAGAUUCCGCCUUCUGCGACGUUGGAGUAUAUAGUUGAGAUUGAUAGAGUCUCAAUUGCACCUGCUUGA